AUGGCGGCCGUGACGGUGCGCGAGGUGCUGUACAUGUACAGCGUUGUGCGGCAGGCGUACGAGCGGUUCGUGUCCGUGUGCGGCAGCCCAGAGCAGGCCCAGAACGUGGUGGCGCUGCUGGUGUGGCUGGACCAGGGCACCAUCUCCGCCAUCCACUUCGUCCCAGCCAUCAGCCCCGACGCCGUCGCCGUUGUAGCGUGGGAGGCCAACGCCGUCCUCGAGUGGCUCCACAGCCAGGUGCCUGCGGUUCCGGCCUUCCCGGUCAUCUCUGCGCUCUGCAUGCAAGGCGGCGUCCGCAUCGACCCGGGCUUCUUCACCAUCCACCAGGACAUCGUCGUCCGCGGCAUCGCCCACUUCCUCGACGGUGCCGGCAAGUUCGUUUUUGAUGACCGCCUGCACGUCCUGCUCCGUAAAUCGGAGACUGGGCUGGUGGGCAACCCACCGGAGCUCAUGGCACCCUACACCCAACCCGUGGCCGUGCCUGAGGACUGCCGUUCUAUGUUCAUCACCUUCUCUAAGGGCAUGCCCCCCUACCGUGAGGAGAUCUUUGAGUACUUCAGAGAGAAGUGGGGUGACUGCGUGGUGAGGGUGCUCAUGGAGAAGACGAAGGGAGGCCUCAUGCCCAUGUAUGGCCGGAUCAUCUUCAAGACCGAGGCGAUAGUGAAGCUGGUGCUCAAUGGCAAGAGGCUCGUCAAGAUCUCCAUCGGGCAUCGUCAGAUCUGGCUCCGCAAGUAUGUCCCCAGGCCAACCAAGAUCAAAAUUUGA